AUGCCUCCAAAACGUGCAACAUCAAGAAGGGUUGACAACCCAACAUCUGCACAAUUCUUCGCCAAGCAAAUCAUUUCGGAGGUUGGUUUUGUCAAAGUUUCCAGAAUAACAAAGAUUUUCUUUAUUUCAGAGAAGCGGAUUGAGUUCUUCGAUUCACACCAAACAGACGGGAGAUAUUUUUUCGGAGUUGGUCCGAGAUAUAAACAGUUUUGUCAAUGAGAAUUUGGAAGAAAUUGAUAUUUCCGAAAAUUUCGAUAUUAUUCCGGAUGAUGUUCAAGCUCAAAUUGUUUGUAUGAUUUCGAUCAACACUGAGGUAAAACUUCAUUUGUUCAGAAUAUUUAUGUUUUAUUUUUCAAAAUUUCAGUCAACUUCCAAAGAAUCUGAAAAGAAACCAAAACGAUCGUCGCUGAAACCGGUGGUUAACAUGAAACAUGUUGACGAACCGAUGGAUUCCGAUAUUCCAACAUCAAGUCGAUCUGAAAUGGUCACUGAUACUGAUAGUCUACCAACUGAAAGAAGCACUACUCCACCCAUAACUUCUGAAACAACUGAAGAAGAAAUGGAAACGGAUAUUAUUCCUCGAACUGUAACCAGAUUGCAAAAUUUGAGUGUUAAAAGAACUGUUGGAAGACCUCGAAAUGUCUUCUCCAGCAAACCAGCCAUUCAGACACCAAUUGCUUCGAUUUCAACACCAGCCAAGAAAGAUUUGAGAAAUGUCAAGCCUCUUGUUUUUGAGCAAAGUGCCAACAAAACUCCAAGAGCUCAAAAACCAACUGCUCCUGUUGCUCGAGUUGCUCAAGACGACAAAAUCAAACAUGCUAUAGAUUUGAGGGAUAAAUUCUUGAAAACAAAAGUAGCGAAAGCCAAAGUGUAUGAUGAGAAAAGUCGAGCUGUGAAAGAACGAAAAAUGGAAUUGGAUCGAAAGAGACAAGAGCAACUUGAGGAAAAAAGGAGAAAGGAGCAGCUCACCUCCGAUUUCCAACGAAAUACAGAACAACUUCUCAAAUCACCUUCUCGUCUUCUACCAACAAAGUCGUCUUCUCGACUUCAAGCUUUGGUAAAAUCUCCAUCUCGAAAUCUUCCAAAUUGUUCGACUCCUCGUGCAAAAACUACUCAAUCAAGUCAAGAUAUGACACCUGGAAGAAGACCAGCGAAAUUUGGAAAAGUUGAAACUUUUAAUGAAGUCAAUGCUCAUGCAACGGUUCCACUUUCUGUAAGUCAAAAAAGAAAAUAUUUUGAUUUUCAAUAUUUUAAAUUUUCAAUUGUUUCAGCCAUCUCGUCAACGAGCAAGAAGUGGACACAAAAGUCGACCAGUUGAAGAAGAAGCAAAACCAGAGGUGAUUGCCAAGAAUGAUGCUCGAGCUAAAAAACAAGAGGAAAACGAACGACAACUUCGAGUCAAACAAGAAGCUUAUUUGUUGAAACAACAAGAGUUGAAAGUGCAAAAAGAAAAGGAAGAACGGGAAGAAAAUGAGAGAAGAUUGGCUGAGCAACUCGAGAAAAAACGGAUUGAAGAGGAGAAAGCGGCCGAGCAAGCUCGAAUUGCUGAAAAGCAAAAACGAGAAGAGAUGAAACAGAAGGAAGCGUUGAAAAACGCAAAAAAGGCGGCUGAAGCCGAAAGACUUGCGAAAUUGCAAAAGGAAGAAGCUGAGCGACUCAGAAUUGAAGAGGAAAAGGAGGAGAAGGCUUAUGAAGCCACAAUUGCCAAGCAAGCUGCAUCAAGCAAUGUAAGAUCUUUAUUUUUCAAAUCGGUAUCCUAAGAAAAUAUUCAUAUUUUUCUAGCUUGCUAAAAACUCGUAUGAGAUGACACCACCACGUGUUUAUGUGUCAAACUCGAAAGAUGACUAUGGGUUGAAUGAUCUGAACAGCGAUGAUGAGACAGAUCAAGAGGAUGAGCCAAGAAAAGAUGUUCCACAAUGGGCGGAUUGGGCUGUCGUAAGACGAAAUGCCAGAGAACUUGCAUCAAAUAUGCCGUUCGAUGUCAAUGAAUUUUUCGGCGAAAUUCAACCGGUUAGUUUUUAUUUAUCAAAAACCUCAUUUAUUCUCAAUAAUUAUUGUUUCAGAUCAAGUUGAAAACUAUCUUUGGCGAUAAAGUUAAGAUGAAGAAGCGAGGAUCAUCAGCUGUUUGGAAAUCUCCCAUGACAAACUCGAAAUCCGCCACCCCAAAAUUAUGCGGAAUUAAAGAAUAA